GAGAACGUACAUGAGAGUCCGGCCAGUGGGUGAGUGGAGACGGGAUCCACUCAGACCAAUCACUGUCCUUCCUCACCCUGAGCCCCAUGACCAGGGGGCCAGGUCAUCCCUUUUCUGGCCUGGGCCAUGGCACUUCCUAGUAUCAACCACCAGGGGGCGCUGAAGCUCUGGCGUUUACUUGGCCAGUGGGCCGCCAAGAGAUGCUUAUAACCCUGCUACCUCGUCUGCCUGGCGGGUGCCCCGGGUUCACACUGUGGAGGAUACAUGGAGGUGAACCCGAGGUCUGAAGAGUGGGAUUGGGCAAGAGGCUGGAGCAAAACGUCUCGGUCAGAGCCAGGCCUAGGGGGUUUUCCAAGCACAAACCCAGAAUGAAAACCAAGCUGUGAUUAGCUCCAGAAAGAGGCCCGGUUCUCAGGGAACAGUGAGCCAGGAGAGGUCCCCAGAUCCCAAGGGUUAGGGCUUGGACCUGUGGGCAGCUGGAGAGUGCAGCCCAGAAAGAGGGGCCUGGAGGGGAAUAAUGAGACACAGAGGCCUGCCUCCUCCCCCAGGCGCGAGCCCCUCCCUUUGUCCCUCAGGGGCUGUUAACUGGAUGUGAUCUCUGACUGAGGAGCUGUGAGAAGCCGGGGUGGGCAGGAGAGGGUGGGUCACAGCCUGAUGGCCACCCGUGCCCCUGACCAGGGAGCCUGAGCGGGGACCCCUGAGGGCAGGGACACAGGGGCCACCCCAAGUCUGGGCUCUCCCUCAGGAGACCGGAAAACUUGGUGUUUCUAAAGUGCCCACGAGGAAACAGAGUUUUGUGUCUGCAGAGUCUGGGCCCUGAGCCUGGGAGGGUGAUACAUCCGGGGUCCCCUGGGGACGGAAUGGAGGCUUGGCUGGUGGGAAGUGCAAGUCUCCUCAGCUUUCAUUUUGGCCCUAGAGGAAAGGUCAUGGCCCCAUUUGGAGGAGAGAAGACUGAGGCCUGAGGGACUAGUCUCACUCCUUGGGUUCCUGCAUAUGGGCUGAGCACACACAGUUCCCCAGGCCCCGUGGGGCUCAGCUGUGGGCUCCACCAGGUGCAGGGGGACUUGGUUUCCUCUCUUUUCUUCCCAUUGUCUCCUGCACAAGGAUAUCAGGCCUUUCCCAGCUCAGUCUGUCCAGCCAUACCUCUAGCCAGGCCUAGCAUGACACUCUUUCCUCUCCUGGGACUUGGCUCCUUCAGUCCCUGCCUCCUGGCCUCAGCCUGAUCAGGACGGCUGUGGCGAUGGGGGAAUGUGCCAUUCUUAGCACGCAUUCUUACCCCUCUGUCUGCUGCCCCUGCUUUCCCAGAGGGUGGGCAGACCCUGGGCCAGCAAUGCAUGUUAUUUCUGGGUUGAGCCAUGUCACUGUGGUGUGGGAGACAGUGGGGACAGAAGAAGGUGCCCACAGCCCUUCCCCGCCCCCCUGUACAGCUGUGGAAACAGGCCUGUUGGAGAGACUGCCUGGCUGACCAGGGGCUCCGGUGGGGGCCUGGCAGGCUGUGUGGGCGGUUCGUCUGUUGUACUAGGAGGUGUCGAGAGGCCUGGGGUGGGUGAUGCUCAGCUGGGGAGGAAGCCAGAGAAUAUAGGGGGGCAGUGGGGGCUGUGUGGGAGGGAGUCCAGCCUGGACCCUGCACCCUGUGCUCCCACUGAGCCUGGUCAAGAAGGGCGUCAAUGGGUCCCCCUCCCCCAGUUGCCUCCCCAUUGGGUAACCCAAGGCCUAGGCAGGGGACCAUCCAGACCAGUGUUCCCAGGGGAGGAGGCACAGCCUGCCCAGAUGGACACAGGGAAGCGGACACACGGCCAGGGAAGUGCAGAGACCCAGACAGGAGGGCAGCCUCACUCUCAGGAGGCCUAUGGUGGCAUUCUGACAGCAGGCCCCGGGGGUGGGUGGCCUGGUGGGCAGUGGGCCAGAUGUAGGCCCUGUUUACUUUCCUCACACAGAGGUCUUGUAGUCUUGGGUGUUUGAUGGGGAUCGGGAAGUUGAGCUCACUCCUGGUCACACCAGUUUCCUGGCUAGGCCAUGACUGAGCUGGGACUUGAACCCGGAUCCUGAGUGACAUUGCCUUGGGUCCUCCAAUCCCUCUGUCUCUGGCCCUCUUCAGCCCCAUGUCUGGGCCCCAGACAUCCUCAGUGUCCUCUGGCUCUGGGGAUGCUGAGGAAAUCUAGCUGGGCGCAACCACACCAAGGAGGUGGGGUGCCCAUGCAGCCCCCUUGUCCCUCUGCGGCGGAUCCAGGGGAGGGGACAGGGCAGGUCUGAGUCCUGCUGUCCUGGCUCCCUCGGGGCGGGAGGUGCCAAGUCCCCAAGCACGUGGGGUGGGAUAGCCCUGGGCAGGCUGUGGGAAUGAGGGAGUUAACGGUGGUGGCUUGCUCCUCUCUGAGAGGAAAACUCCCCAUAAACGCCCUGCUCCCUGGCCUCCUGCCAGGGCCAAGAACAGGGGCUGAAAACUGGAAGUUCAGGCAAGCGGCCAGCUCUGCCUCUAGCAGGCGCUUGAGCAGGACAGCAGCCCUGUCGCUGCUGGCGGCUGGUCUGUAUGCCCAUUGGUCCAACCAGGGGCCUCCGAUCAUCUGUAAGCCUGUCUGUCCAUCUGUCUGCAAUCCCGUCUCUGUCCAGUGUCUCUCUGACCGUCCUUCUCUUCCUAGCCUAUGUUCAGCUGUCUAGCCUGUCAAUCCGUUUGUCUGUCUCUGGCCUCCAUCUGUUCAUCUGUCCCAUCACCCGUGAAUCUGUGCAUUCACCCACCCACCUGUGUGUCCGUCCACCUGAGGCUCCACUCUGAGCCUCAGAGCCAUGGCCCAAGGCCGCAGGGUCACGGCCAGCAUGGUCCUGCUGGGGUUGGGGCUGGCCCUGGCCAUUAUUGUGCCCGCCGUGGUCCUCUCUCGCCGCCACACCAGCUGUGGCCCCCAGGCCUUUAGCCGCGCUGCGGUCGCUGCUGACUCCAAGGUCUGCUCGGACAUUGGACGAGCCAUUCUCCAGCAGCAGGGCUCACCUGUGGAUGCCACCAUCGCAGCUCUGGUCUGCACUGGAGUCGUCAACCCUCAGAGCAUGGGCCUGGGCGGAGGGGUCAUCUUCACCAUCUACAAUGCAACCACGGGAAAGGUGGAAGUCAUCAAUGCCAGGGAGACAGUGCCUGCCAACUACGUCCCGGGUCUGCUGGACCAGUGUGAGCAGGCCCAGCCACUGGGCACAGGGGCCCAGUGGAUCGGAGUGCCAGGGGAGCUCCGUGGCUAUGCUGAGGCCCACCGCCGCCACGGCCGCCUGCCCUGGGCACAGCUCUUCAGGCCCACCAUCUCCCUGCUCCGAGGGGACUACCGCAUGCCCUUCAUCCUCAGUCAGUUCCUGCAGAGUGACUUCCUGCGGCCUUCCUUAUACAAGACAUCCCUGAGGGAGCUCUUUUUCAACGGCACAGAACCCCUGAGGGCUCAGGACCCAUUCCCCUGGCCCGCACUGGCUGCCACCCUGGAAACCGUGGCCACGGAGGGGGCAGAGGCCUUCUACACAGGGACGCUGGGCCAGACGCUGCUGGAGGACAUUGCCAAUCAAGGCAGCAGGCUGACCCUGCAGGAUCUGGCAUCCUUCCAGCCGGAGGUAGUAGAUGCCCUAGAGAUGCCCCUGGGGGACUACACCCUGUACUCACCGCCACCGCCUGCAGCGGGUGCGAUUCUCAGCCUUGUCCUCAACGUGCUCAAAGGGUUCAACUUCUCCUCAGAGUCGGUGGCCAGGUCCGAGGGGAGGACGAACUUGUACCAUCACCUCGUGGAGACGCUCAAGUUUGCUGGGGGACAGAGGUGGCGGCUGUGGGACCCCCGCAGCCACUUGGAUAUCCAGAACGUUUCCCAGGACCUGCUGGGAGAGACUUUGGCCCAGCAGAUCCGCCAGCAGAUCGACGCUCGGGGAGACCACCAGCUCAGCCACUACAGCCUGGCUGGGACCUGGGGCCGCCAGAUGGGCACGUCGCAUGUGUCUGUGCUGGGGGAGGACGGCAGUGCUGUGGCAGCCACCAGCACCAUCAACACGCCCUUUGGAGCAAUGCUGUACUCACCACGCACUGGCAUCCUCCUCAAUAACGAGCUUCUGGACCUAUGCUGGAGGCGUCCCCCGGGCUCCCAAGUCACCCCCCAACCCGUUCCAGGCGAGAGACCUCCAUCGUCCAUGGUUCCCUCCAUCUUGGUCAACACAGCCCGGGGGUCAAAGCUGGUGAUUGGUGGGGCUGGUGGAGAGCUCAUCAUAUCUGCUGUGGCCCAGGCCAUCAUAAACAAGCUGUGGCUUGACUUUGACCUAAGAACUGCCAUUGCAGCCCCUAUCCUACAUGUCAACAGCAAGGGCCAUGUGGAGUAUGAGCCCACCUUCAGCCAGGAGGUGCAGAAGGGGCUCCAGGCCAGGGGCCACAACCACACCAGGAAUCCCUUUUUCCUGAAUGUGGUCCAGGCAGUGUCCCAGGACGGGGCCUGUGUAUAUGCUGCAGCGGACCCGAGGAAAGGUGGGGAGGCCUCAGGCUACUGAGGAGACUGCUCCUGAGAGCUGCAAUCCGGCCCCACCACCAGUGUGUGCCCAGGCCUGGCCUUGGCCUUGGGACCAGGAUCUGGACCUUCUGGCGGAGGGUCAGUCUGGGGCUGCAAGAGGUGGGGACAGCCUGGAAGAUGGAUGACUGUGGGGGCUGAGACUUCUCCCAGAGCCCCUUGUGGCCCUGCCCCUGACCACCCCCGCCCCCACCAAGUCUUCCCUAGGCCUCUCACCCAGGACUGUGGCGUACCCUUACCCCAGGCUACACUCCCCACCUGUAUACUGUCUAGUCCAACAUUAAAGAGGAUGGUGGACCUCCGCCUGAUUUGGGGUCUAGUUGUGGGACGGCACCCUUAGAAAGCACACUCACUGAGUUCCUACAGUCCUCCAUGACACACCAGCAUGGAGGUGUGGAAACCGAGACCUAGCAACCGGCUGGCCUCACUCAGGCCAGCCCUGGACGGAGGUGGCACCCCACCACCCGCUGGGCCUCU